GUCAAUCUUAUCUGUUUUCUUUCGAUUAGAAACGCAAUAAUUAAAUAAAAAACCAUAAACACGGCUUUCCCAACGCAAUUUAUUAAAAUUACUUGUCGUGUUUUGUCCCAAAAUCUUCGUUUAUCUUUGCCAAGAGCCAUGGACAAGGAAAAACUUCAUGAACGUUUAAAUAUUGAACCAACAGUUGAUGCAAUCCAAAAGUUUUUCGCCGAAAAACUAAAAUUCACCAGCUCUUCCGAUGAACAGGAAAAAGUAAUCGAAGAUUUGACCUUCGAAGGCCUUACGAAGCACUGGAAGGAAAAAGGCUUUAAAAACAUCAUUACCAUGGUUGGAGCAGGCAUAUCAACCUCUGCAGGAAUUCCAGAUUUUCGUUCGCCUGGUUCAGGGUUAUACGACAAUCUCCAGAAAUACAACCUUCCCCAUCCUACAGCGAUCUUUGACAUGGACUAUUUUAUGGAAAAUCCUCAGCCAUUCUUUGCCCUGGCCAAAGAGCUGUACCCCGGCACCUUCAAUCCGACGCCUUCGCAUUACUUUGUUCGUCUACUGCACGAUAAGGGCCUCCUCCUCCGACACUACACCCAGAACAUAGACACUCUAGAAAGAAUCGCCGGAAUACCCGAAUCCAAGUUGGUCGAGGCACAUGGAACUUUCUAUACGAGCCAUUGUUUGGGCUGCCGGAAAGAACACUCAAUGGAAUGGAUGAAAGACCAAAUAUUUGCCGAUAAUGUUCCAACUUGCUCCAAGUGCAAUCACGUGGUCAAGCCAGACAUUGUCUUCUUUGGUGAGAACCUGCCAGAGAAAUUCUAUGUGGCUCCAGAGAAUGAUUUCAAGAAGUGUGAUUUGCUUAUCAUCAUGGGAACUUCUCUGGAAGUGCAGCCAUUUGCCGGUCUCAUCGAUAGACCCGGUCCGAAUUGCAUGCGAUUGUUGAUUAACAGGGAUAAGGUUGGUCGUGGUGGAGGUAGAUCAUGGUAUUCCUUCGGACCUGGACUGAUGUACGGGCAAGAGGACAAUACCAGGGAUGUGGCAUACCUUGGAGACUGUGAUGAAGGUGUCUACGCUGUUGCUGAUGCCUUAGGAUGGGGCGAUGAAUUGAGGGAAUUGGUUGAGUCGGAACAUAAACGAUUGAGUAUCGAAAACAGUUCUGAAGAAGGAGCAAGUGCAAUAGAGUCUGAAAAUAAAUACGAAGAAGCAAGUUUAGAAAACGAUUUUGACGAAGAGAACGAGAUUUCAUUGGAAAAAGAAAGUAAGAAAAGCAAUUAAGCCAGACAGGGAAGGGCUAGUAUUGGGGUUAUAGCUAAAAUGAUUGGCGUAUACAUGGAUUGGGUUUUUAAUCGAUGUGAUUAUUUUAUCUUUAGGAUAUUCAAUAAAAUGUUGUGAACGCUAUUGUCACAAAACAAAACAUA